GUACAUAGUGAUCCAUUUUACUAACCCAAAUUUGACUCAGACGAAUCGGCUGAUUACUUAUACGUAGAAAUAAACAAUAUUAACAAUAUACAUUAUAUUAAUAGACUUGACAAAAGUCCCGCGGCGUUGGACGAAAUCGGCGCGAUCAUGGUCGUCGGGGUAUUUCCAGCCCUUAAACUGGGCAUGCUGCUCAUCAAACAGAUCAGCAAACCACUGGCCCAAAUGUUUGUCAAUCAGGCAAAAAAUCAUCCGGUUUUCAGGACAUACUUCAUCAUACCGCCUGCUCAGUUUUACCACUGGGCGGAGGUCAAGGGAAAGAUGUAUCUUAUGAAUCUUGGCAAGCCAACCAAGGUAGCAAAGUUGAACGAAGCAAUGGCUAUUGAGCUGGGGGCCAAUCUGAUGGGGGAGGUAAUCAUUUUCAGCAUUGCCGGUGGUUGUAUCAUGUUGGAGUAUUCUCGGCAGGCAGCGAAAGAAGCAAAAAAAGAGGAAGUACGCUUGGCCCAGAUCCAGCAAUUUACCAAUGAUAUUGAAUCGUUGUACGGUACAACAUUGCGACAAGAGGUCGAAAUUCGUCGAUUGGAGAGCGUUGUGAAUCAGUUAGCGAGCCGUGCAAAAAUUACAUUACCCAGAGAUAUGGGACACGAAGUGAAAAGCUCUGACGGUACUGAACCCAAAGCAAUUCAGGAAAAGCAUUGCGCAACAGAUGAUGAGAGCAACAACAGAGCGGAUAGUCUAAGCAAGCGAAAUGUUGAACACGGUCAAUCGUUAGUUGAUCGUGCCAUCGUUUACUUUGAAAAUGAUGUGAGAAGAGACAAGCUCAGUUAAUUUCUAGUUUAUUUCCUAAUCUCUCAACAGAUUCUGAUUGAACUUUCCCCCCUGCAUUCUCGUUCCCACUCUUGUACAUAGUGUGUCAUAAAAAACCUUGGGGAA